AUGGUUUUUACUUCCAUACCAGCAGCUUAUCUUGAUGCAGCCAACUGGCAGCAGCAGCAACAGAAUCAUCAUCAUCACAAUCAACCAGAAAACGGCGGUUCCGGUUCCGGUUCCAUCUCUCAACAACUACUUCAGACACCACUGUCGCAACCACCACAAACACAGCCUCAUCCUCAUGGAGCUGGUAGCACCGGCUCAAUUAGGCCGGGAUCGAUGUCUGACAAAGCAAGAAUGGCGAACAUGCCUAUGCCAGAAACCGCGCUGAAAUGUCCGCGCUGCGAAUCAACCAACACGAAGUUUUGCUACUUCAACAACUACAGCCUCUCUCAGCCACGACACUUCUGCAAGACUUGCAGAAGGUACUGGACGAGAGGGGGCGCGCUAAGAAACGUCCCGGUUGGGGGAGGCUUCCGGAGAAACAAAAGAAGUAAAGGAAGCAACUCAGCGAAAUCUCCAGCGAGCUCCGAUCUUCAAACCGGUAGUGCUAGUUCAACAAACUCAAUCACCUCUCAUAACAAUCACUCUUCCGCCUCCGCCGAUAUAUUAGGCCUUACACCUCAAAUGUCAUCAUUGAGAUUCAUGACACCAUUACACCAUAACUUCAAUAACCCUAACGAAUUCGGAGGCAGCGAUUUAGGGUUAAACUAUGGAUUUAGCUACAUGGGAGGAGGAGGAGGAGGUGGUGAUCUAGGAAGUUCUUUACUUGGUGGAAAUGGUAACUCAAUUCUAUCUUCAACAAAUGGUUUGGAACAAUGGAAGAUGCCUAUGCCUAUGCCGAUGCCUAUGUCUAUGACUCAUCAACAACAACAAUUUCCAUUUCUAACCAACUUGGAAACUUCAAAUGGAAAUUUAUACCCUUUUGAAGGAAAUGUUCAAAACCAUGAGAUGAUGAUAUCUAACAAUGGAUACAUGAGGCCAAAGGUAACUUCAACUUCUGGAAUUAUGACUCAACUAGCUUCUGUGAAAAUGGAAGAUAGUAUUAAUAGAGGCUUUUUGGGAAUCAGCAGCAACAAUAACAAUAACAAUAAUCAUCAAGGAAGUGAACAAUAUUGGAAUAGUGCUGUUAUCAUUGGUAAUUCCGCAGCUAAUUGGAAUGAUCAUGUUUCUGGUUUUAGCUCUUCUUCUAAUACUACUAGUAAUAACCAGAUGUAG